AUGUCGAGCCCCGUCGAAGAGCGUAAGGCCUUCCACCUCCAGGAACAAAAGGAGAGGGAUGCCGAAGAUACCUCGCCCUCCGACGAUACCUAUGUAACCGAACGCAAUCCCAGAGACCACCUAAAGGUUGACACCUCCUAUGAGAUCGACGAGGAUGAAGAGCAGAGGGCAAUGCGCACUCCCUCCGCCCGCCGAGAACAGGCCACUCGCCUCGAGGAUGAUCUCUUGCUUCUGCAAGCCGAACGCGUGGCGUCCCGGUCCACUCAGGGUGAAGUCGGCGACGGCGAGCACCAUUCCAUUAGUCGGGUACGAUCGCGUCGCGAGCCCGUCGAUGAGUUCGACGAGGCCACGAACCCGCUUCAUGAAAAGGCUGCCGCUUACAAGCCUCCGGAGAGCCCUAAUACCAAGCUCUCGGCUUUCGUGAAGACGCUGCACCAGUCCAGUUUCAUCGUCCGCUAUGUCACCUACAUUGUACCUGUGGUUGUGAUCAUCCUAGUUCCCCUGCUGGUCGGGGCUCUCAUAUACCCCAAUACCAGCGUCGGUGGUGUCAAGUUGAUGUGGUUCUCGAUCUGGUUGGAAAUUGUGUGGUUGACACUGUGGGCUGGCCGAAUCGUUAGCAAAUGUCUACCCCCAGCGAUUGGAGUCAUAGCCAGUAUCUUUACCAACAAUGCCAAAAAAUGGCGCGAUAUGGGCAAGCAACUCGAGAUUCACGCGGCGCUGUUCUUCUGGUGGCUCGGCGUGGAGAUAUCAUUCCUGCCUACGAUGAAGAAUCAUCACGUGGACGGAGAUAAAUCCACGCGGAGCUGGGAAAACACGCUGAAUAAGAUCAUUAUUGUGAUCUUCGUUUGGACCAUCCUCAACUUGAUCGAAAAGGUCAUUAUCCAGCUUAUCGCCAUCAGCUUCCACACGCGCACCUAUGCCGAUCGCAUCGAGAUCAACAAGUUCCAGAUCGGAAGUUUGGUCAAGCUGUAUAUCUGGUCGCGCAGCCGCAUCGAGGAGGAAGAUGAGGCUUUUGAGGAAAAGAUGGCCGACGAUACCCCCACUGGAGCCAAGACCCCUCUCCGUUAUGCCGGGAAGGCUGCCGGCAAGGCCCAUAAGGUGGCCAAGGGCGCUUUGAGCAAGGUUGGCAACAAGGUCGGCGAUGUUGCCGGUGCCGUCGCUGCUGAUUUUACCGGUAAGACUGCGAAGAGUAGCAGUGAUCCUUACCAGGUCAUUCUCACCUUGCUACGUACUACCUCUGGUUGCCAGGUCCUGGCUCGUCGUCUGUAUCGUACUUUCGUGCGCGAUGGCUUUGAUACCGUUUUCUCUGGUGAUCUCAAGGAGGCCUAUGAGAAUAACGAGGAAGCUGAAGCGGCCUUUGCUAUGUUCGAUCGUGACAUGAAUGGUGAUAUCUCAAUGGAGGAACUCGAAGCCGCCUGUGUGGAGAUUGGCCGUGAGCGCAAGGCUAUCACUGCGUCUCUGAAGGAUCUGGACUCGGUCGUCUCUAAGCUGGAUGACGUUUUCAUGUUCUUCGUUAUCAUCAUUGUGAUUAUUGUUUUCCUGUCUCUAAUUUCCACUUCGGCUGCUGGUGUUCUGACUUCGGCUGGAUCCACUAUCCUGGCUCUUUCAUGGUUGUUCUCCGCCACGGCCCAGGAAUUCUUGCAGUCUAUUAUUUUCGUCUUCGUCAAGCACCCGUUUGAUGUCGGUGACCGUGUUACUAUCUAUGGUAACGCCGGUGAUGCCGGUCUUGGCGAUGACUACUUCGUCAAGGAGAUCACGCUGCUCUACACUGAGUUCAAGAAGAUGCAGGGCCACGUCGUCCAGGCCCCGAACAGCUACCUGAAUGGUCUCUUCAUUCUCAACCAGCGCCGAUCCGGUGCCUUGGCCGAGGCAGUUCCCAUCGUCAUCAAAUACGGUACAUCCAUCGAACAAAUCGACGGACUUCGCCAACGCCUGCUCGAGUUCUGCCGUAGCGAAAAGCGCGACUUCCAAAGCAACAUCUUAACCGAGUUGCGCGAGGUCACCGAAAACUUCUCCCUUACCCUCAACGUCGUCUUCUUCUACAAAUCCAACUGGCAAAACGAAGGUCUCCGUCUCCAACGGCGCAACAAAUUCAUCUGCAUGAUGAUGAUCGCCCUCCAAGAGAUCGGCAUCGAGGGUCCUCGCAUGAACUGGCCCGGUGCCAAACACGGCAUGCCCCUCCACGUCGCAUAUGGCAACAGACCCGUAACACCCCCGAAGGCCGAAGAAGCCAUCGACGACGAAGUUGCCAUCGAGGACUCGAACAUCCCCGAAAACAGCGGCUCAAGCACCGGUGUCUCUGGCCGCCAACACUCCAUUCUCCGCAAAGGCAUGAACACCGCCGCCGCGCGGGCCAGAGGCCAAUCAACAUCCCGCAAACACGUCGAUUUCUCCCUCGGCAUGUCCAGCAUCUCAAGUGGCGACAUCAUGGGCGACGUCUUCGAAGACCGGUCCGUCCAAAUCGAAGAUAUCGUCCGCAACACGAAUCGCGAAGCCGCCGAGCGCAGAAUCCAAGAGGAAGCCGAAGAGGAAGAAGAGCGACGCAGUCACACAUCAUCGCGAACAUCGAAGAGCCGUCGUCCGUCGAACAACAGCGCUUUCUCUCCUUCCGGACGCCCUUCUACAGAUGCGCCAUCCGUGCGCAGUGGAGCGUCUUCUGUGUCACGCAAUCGCUUCUUCAGACAUAGGAGCAGUAUCUCGCAUAACCAUGAGGAUAUGAUGGAACAAGGUGCUGCGCCUCCGCCUCCUCCGCCUGCUGCGGUGGAGCUGGAGCAUGAGCAUGACCACGCCAAGCGUGUGUAA